GAAACGGGCACAGAGAAACAGAAACGUGAAUCUUCUUCUCCUUCUUUCCUUUGUUUUCCAAAAACGAAACUAAAACCAUAAUACAUAAACCUUCAUUAAUCUACUAGAUCUAAGCUUCCAUUCGAGAAGUGACAGAAGGGAAAGUUGCUCAUCUCCACGCUACGGUGCUAGUGAGCCAACUUUGGAAGUGACGUCACAAACUUACAUUUUACCAGAAUUAAUCGCGGUGCCGUAAUCGCGUGUUAGAGCUAUCGUUAAGAUGAUACCCGAGUUCAUUCGACCGACUGUUACCUUGACGACGGAGACGUCGUUAGACUUCCCUGAUCGAGACUUGCCGACUGCUUAGGUAUAUGACCCCAUCUCAAGCAGGGCCACUUAUACGGGGAGGGUAGUGAGGACUAGUAGGAAAGGUGGGGCAGUAUUUUUUGUGGAACUCACUCGCAAGAAGAUUGAUUAUCCGGUACCUUCCGGAUUAGUGCUUGGGAUGAGUGGAGCUUGGGAAGAUGCGAAGGAUUCCUCAGUUAUAGUGGAGGCAGAGGCCGUUGUGGGAGUUGAGGAUACAGUGGUUGGACCAGGGACUGGCAGAAAGGAUAAGGGGCUGAUGCCCAUGGAGCGAGAGAUUGUAGGGCCAUCUAGGCGGGCCGAGUCAGAGCUUCCUCUUCCAGUGAAUGAUCCUUUACCGACUGUCACUAAAGUAGCAGACUGUUUUGAGGUCCCGGCGCCGCCGAAGCCCCCUAUCUCGUCGGUGGAUCUGACUUCUGAAGAGAGCGAUCCAUCUAUGUAUGUUGAUGAGGAUAAGGUUACCUCGAAGAUGGAUGCUGCGUCAGACGGAACUUGUGGAGCGUGUGGAGGUCACCCAUGUUAUUGUAGUUGCUAGAGUAUGAUCAGAUUAGUUUUGUUGUAUAGGGACUUGAUAUCCUUCUUUUGGUGGUUGUUCUUAGUUCAUUUUGGGAUGAUUGUAACUAUACUUAUACGGUCCGAUGAUUUCUGUCUUGGUGGGUCCAUGUUCCAUUUUUUUUUUUACGUGACCAUGGGGAUUAGUAUUUCUUGGAGUAGUACUUGUACAUGUGUCUGACGAGAAUACCCUAGGGGUAUGAGCGAUGCCUGAUAGGUCUCAUAGCCCCUACGUAUUUUAUAUUUGGAUAUUUUAGUUUAUCGCCUCACAACUAUUUCAGUUUGUUAUAAUUAUGAUGUAAUACACUCACGCUUAUGACAAUUAUCGUUUGUGUUACGCUUUAGAUUUACAUUAGUUGAUAUUUGAAAAAAAAAUACACUCACGCUGUUAACAAUCGGGGUGUUACAGUGUCAGACUUCACUUCACUUCUUGAGACGGUUGACAGUGGUACAAUAGUCAGAGCAUUAGACGUCAACUCAAAAUAUUGACAUCAAUUAUUUUGG